AAAGGUGUAGGAGAGAGAUGAGUCUGACUGCAAUUUUGAGUGGUGUUGCGCCAAACAUUUUCAUUGAAACUUCUCCAAUUCUGAUGAAAACGAAUACUAAUCUUCACCUAAAAGGGCUUUAUGUUGCUUGUUCCUAUCAAACCAUUUUCUCUCAAGUCAGAGAAUGUUAGCAAUACGCCGCCAUUGAAGUUUUUUUCUUUGAAUUUUAUAUUUUAAGUUGUUUGUUUCUUCUUCUUCUUCUUCUUCUUCAUCUCUUCCGAACGGGUUAUUUCUGUUCAGAGACAUCUUGAUAUGGGUAGUGAUUGCAGAAAGGUUGUUGGGUUUCUUCAAUUCUUUGUUAUUUCAUUCUUCCUCUGUUCUUCGCCUCUGUUUUGCGAUGCUGCAGAUUCAAUUACAAAGGGUAGAGGUUUAAGAGACGGUAGUAAUGAAACCCUCGUAUCCCUGGAUGACUCCUACGAACUGGGUUUCUUCAGCCCCAUAAAUUCUUCACUACGAUACGUUGGAAUAUGGUAUCACAAGAUCGAGGAACAGUCUGUUAUUUGGGUUGCGAAUAGAGAUAGGCCACUCCGUAAUAGAAAUGGGGUUUUGAUAAUCGGAGACGACGGGAACUUGGUCGUUCUGGACGGUAACAACUCUGUUUGGACAAGCAAUAUCACAGCGAAUUCGUUUGAGCCCAGAAACUUAACUCUUCUUAACCAUGGAGCAUUGGUUCUCUCGAGUGGAGACGACUUAUCGAAAGUUCAUUGGAGCAGCUUCGAACACCCCACGGAUACAUUUCUUCCCAAUAUGGUGGUGAAAGUGAACCCACAAAUGGGCGAGAAACGAAUGUUUAUGUCGUGGAAAUCAGAGACAGAUCCGGCCGUCGGAAAUUACUGUCUGGGUGUGGAUCCCCGUGGAGCUGUGCAGAUCAUCGUUUGGAAUGGGAAUAAUCGAUGGUGGAGAAGCGGCCACUGGGACAAGCAGAUUUUCUCUGGGAUUCCAACUAUGCGUUCUACGUCGUUGUACGGGUUUAAGAUUACCUCUGAUGAUGGAAAUAACAUUAGCGUAACUUUUGAAGCACUGAAUGAUUUGGAUAAGCUGAAAUUUCAAAUUCAGUGGGAUGGUAAAGAAGCGCAGCAACGGUUGAAUGAAACAACUCGCAAAUGGGAUACCAUUCGUUUACUGCCUUCGAACGAUUGCGAUUUCUAUAAUUUUUGUGGAGAUUUUGGGGUUUGUUCUGAAAACAGUCGUCUUAAGUGUAGCUGCCCUCAAGGGUUUAUACCCAAAAACAAAGAACGAUGGGACAAAGGGAUUUGGUCAGAUGGGUGUCGGAGGAAGACUCCAUUGCUUGAGCAGAGAAUGAAAAGUAGUCCAAACGGAACUAUUGAAGAUAGUGAGCAAGAUGGAUUUGUAGAUGUGCUAUUUGUGAAAUUGCCCGAUUUCAUAACUGGAAUAUUUGUGGUGGAGUCCUGUAGAGAUAGAUGUUCCAGCAAUUCUUCGUGUGUUGCAUAUUCCGAUGCUCCUGGAAUUGGGUGCGCUACUUGGGAUGGACCCUUAAAAGAUAUUCAGAGAUUUGAGGGUGCUGGGAAUACUUUGCACCUUCGUAUCGCUCAUUCUGAUUUGACACCUGUAGAUAGCGAGAGCAAAUUGUCAACUGGUGUGAUAGUGGCGAUAUGUUUUGGAGGAGCAGCUGCCAUAGCGAUAAUAGCAUUGCUGCUAUGGAAAUUCAGAGGCAAAACGAAAGCUGCUACUACAAGUGAACCUCAGAACAAAACUGAAGUACCAAUGUUUGACCUGAGCAAGAGCAAAGAACUUUCAGCAGAGCUUUCAGGGCCAUACGAAUUAGGCAUAGAAGGUGAAAAUUUGAGUGGACCAGAUUUGCCAAUGUUCAAUUUCAACUGUAUAGCUGCAGCUACCGAUAACUUUUCUGAGGAAAACAAGCUUGGCCAAGGAGGCUUCGGCCCUGUAUACAAGGGAAAGCUUCCAUGUGGACAAGAAAUUGCUGUCAAGAGGCUUUCAGUCCGGUCUGGCCAAGGUCUAGAAGAGUUUAAGAAUGAGAUUAUACUAAUUGGAAAGUUACAGCACCGAAACCUCGUCAGAUUGUUGGGCUACUGCAUUCAAGGAGAGGACAAGUUGCUGCUCUAUGAAUAUAUGCCAAACAAAAGCUUGGACUGGUUUCUUUUCGAUCCAAACAAGCAGGCACUACUAGAUUGGAAAAAACGGUUGUCAAUCGUUGAGGGAAUUGCACGAGGGCUGCUAUACCUUCAUCGAGACUCGAGACUUCUUAUUAUUCAUAGAGAUUUGAAAGCUAGCAAUAUUUUACUAGACGAAGACAUGAAUCCAAAGAUAUCGGACUUUGGCAUGGCUAGAAUAUUUGGUGGAAACCAAAAUGAGGCGACGAAUACAAUUCGAGUUGUUGGCACAUAUGGUUACAUGGCUCCAGAAUAUGCAAUGGAAGGUUUAUUUUCAGUAAAAUCAGACGUAUAUAGUUUUGGUGUUUUGCUAUUGGAAUUAAUCUGUGGCAGGAGGAACACUAGCUUUCGCUCAACUGAAUACUUAACCUUGAUUAGCUAUGCUUGGAAACUUUGGAAUGAUGGAAGAGCGAUUGAACUUCUUGACCCUUCUAUACGCGAUUCAUCCCCUGAGAAUGAAGUAUUGAAAUGCAUACAUGUAGCAAUGUUGUGUGUUCAAGACUCUCCAGCUUACAGACCAACACUGCAGUCAUUGGUUCUAAUGCUGGAGAGUGAAUCUACGUCUCUGCCACAACCAAGACAACCCACCUAUACGUCAACGAGAGCCUCAAUUGAUAUAGAUUUGUUUACAGAAGGCCACGACAUUGUAUCGUCAAAUGACGUAACGGUAACAAUGUUGGAUGGUAGAUAAUAUUAUAUUUUGGUUUUGGUUCUUUCCUCCUAAUGUUAAUAUGCAAUUUUGUGCGUCUUCAAAGCAUAGGAAGUUAGUUUGUUAAGUGAGUACAGUCAUUUUUAGUAAUCUUGUUCAUAUAAAUGAUUGGGUUUGAUUGAUUUUUCUGAUAGGUAAGUUAAAGCAGAAGCAAACAAUUGAUGAGUUGAGAAAUGAAGUGGUUUGUUGGUUUAUAGAUUAGGUUUGUCAUUUAAA